AACCUUUUUGCGCGGAGCCGUGUCUCGUUCUCCACCACUAUUACAAGACAAGUCACAUUGCAAGUUAACACUACGGUUUGGGUGCGAAACUAACCGUUGCUACCAAGUUUAGAUACAUUUCCUGAACAAAACCACACCUUUAUCCACAAUGAUCCCAGAGCUAGCCAAUCCCUAUGUGUGUAUGAAGGACCCUCAGCGGGUAGAGGAGAUCCUCACGGCCAUGCAGAAAGCUGGCUCCAACACUCUGCAGGUGAUUUCAGAUUUUGACAUGACCCUUACAAGGUUUGCUUACAAUGGGAAACGCUGCCCCACCUGCCACAAUAUCCUUGACAACAGCAAGCUAAUCAGUGAAGAUUGCAAAGAAAAGCUGAAGGAGCUUCUUAACACAUACUACCCCAUCGAGAUAGACUCAACUCUGUCUGCGGAAGAGAAGUUGCCCCUCAUGGUGGAAUGGUGGACUAAAGCCCAUACCCUGCUGAUAGAACAGCGGAUAAGGAAAGACUGGCUGGCCCAAGUGGUGCAGGAGUCUGAAGCUAAGCUGAGGGAUGGCUACCAGCUGUUCUUCGACCACCUGCAGGAGCACAGCGUCCCCCUGCUCAUCUUCUCUGCUGGGAUCGGGGACGUCCUGGAGGAGGUGAUCCGCCAGGCGGGGGUCUUCCACCCCAACGUCAAGGUCUUCUCCAACUACAUGGACUUUGAUGAGGCUGGUAUCCUGAAGGCUUUCAAAGGAGAGUUAAUCCACAUCUACAACAAGAGGGAAGGCGCUCUGCUCAACUCGGACCACUUCCAGGAGCUGAGCCACCGCCACAACAUUCUGCUUCUGGGCGACUCUCUGGGGGAUCUGAACAUGGCUGACGGUGUUCACAACACCGAGAACAUCCUCAAGAUAGGAUACCUCAACGACAAGGUGGAGGAGAGGAAGCAGUCGUACCUGAACGCUUUUGACAUCGUCCUGUUGAAGGACGAGACCCUGGAGGUGGCCAACGCCAUACUGCUUUACAUCACAGGGAAGAAGUGAACUGUUGAUUAUGUUACUGGCCAAUCAGUAAGCGGCACUAAACCGCCACAGGGAUGGGGUUGUCAAUUGAUAUAAGGUACAUACUUUUUUGUAUGCAUCUCUGGGUACAAAUACUGAAGGAUGUUUUGAAAUUAUUCCUAUGCUAGUCUUGUUGAAGACCAUUUUAAUGUCACAGAAUCAUCUCAGAGUUUUACCUUCUUGUUAUACAGUUAAAGUUAGGAAAUAUCAAAGCCUCAACUGAUUGGACUAAAAGCUGGGGCUUAUUCCAGCGUCAGUACUGCUACUAAUGGAAUGCAUGGCCUUCAACAUGCUUGUGUGGUAUUGGUUUGUAUUGUUUUCUGGUUAUUUUCUUCCGUGUGGGUGAAACUUGAAGGAAGUAGAACUUUGCCAUCCUUGGCUCAUUAUUCGGGAUUUGUACUCUUCAUGUGUUGCAAUGAUAAAGGGAAACAACAUUGUUUGUGGCAUAGGAUAUAUAUUUGUGUCUUUGUGUUGCUCUGCUUUCUCCUUCCUCACUUUCACAUGAUUGGAUUGUCAUGGCCUCUUCACAUGAGCACUGUUUUAUUUUCUCCAAAUUGUUAUUGUAGUUAUAGUCUCUGACACAACAGCCUUGAGUUGUGUUUAAAGCACCACCAAGUGGUCACAUGUGGAAAAGGCCUACUUAUGGCUUGCACAUUGCCACCGCCAUUGUUGAAAGGAGGACAUAGAGCCAACACAAUCUAUCAAUGUAAACUCCAUAUGCUGUCUCUUGUGACACUGGCAUAAAUAACAAUUGUGAUUCCCUAAUGUAUCAUUCUGUCACCAGUAUGUAAGUUAAGGCAAAACAGUUGUCAUGCAUAUGGUGCAGCCCAACAAAAGCGAUGUUUGGUACUUUCGUACUGGUUGCACUAAUAAUUUGAACUGUAAUUUCAAAUUAAGAGCAGUGUAAGUGCCACAAAGUAAAAUGUUACAGUAAAGGUGUUUGUAAAUCCUAUAGCAUGUUGUAGGUGUAGGAGCUGUGUGGUUAAAUUGUGCAUGCUGUAUUGCAGAUUUUAUACCAAGCUGUAAUACAUCAUCUUUGAUACCUGACAAGUAUAUUACAAUAUGGAGGAUGUACUGUGUGUCUGAAAACAUUGCAUUCCAUUUGGAAUAAACUGCUACUUGUCUCUCUGAAGAGUUUAAAA